CAAUUAGAAGUUGUACCUUUACCUGCCAAAAUAUUUUUUUGUUUUUAUUUGUUUUUGGGCAGUAGUUCAAUUCUUUUACCGCUAAAAUAAUGUCGCAACAAUUAGAACUUCUUAAUGAGCACCCUUCCCAUUGGAUUCCUGUUUCGUAUGUCACACCAGAAAUACAAAAGAAGGAGAUCAAACCAUUUGUCGUUCUGGCACUCAAAGAGCUAGAAGGCAACCCUGACAGUAGAACCUCAAGCCUAGUUAAUGUAGAUAAGUUUUCUGCGGUCCGCGAGGUGGUGAGACAUUUUGCGAGGUUACGAUCUGCAACCAAGGAAGCUUGGGGACAGGAAGACGUCAAGUGUUUCCUGGACAGCCUAAGAUUUUCACCUGAGUGCGUAACUGAACUGGCAUCCUUAUUGUGUGUUGACAAAAUAUAUGAAAACAUACCACCUCAUCUGAGAAUGAAACCUGGUUUGGAGAGUUUAAAGUGGAAAAUUGAUGUUUCAUUAAGCCAAUCCAAUAUACAUUCAGAAAAAGCCGACCCAAGCCGGACGAAAGAAAUAAUGAGGAGAGACACACGCAUUAUAUUAAUACUCAAAUUGACAGACGGACAAACUAAAAGUUACAGGUUGACUAUAGUGAAAUUUCACGAACUGAGGUACGCUAUAGCUAGCGCUUUGAAGAGCAUGAUCGUACUAGAAAAGAGAAAAUGUAUGAGGAAAGACUGACAAAGGUCGUCUUGGGGAUAGCAUACCCCAUUUAGAAUAUGUGAUUUCUCUAUACUCUGUCCACUGAAACGAAUUAGUGGAGUGCUUACUUUAUUACAUAAUCGCCUUAAAACACAAGGAUGGUAGACUACGACGCACGUAAAAGGGGCUGCCAUUGGUCGGAGUUACGCUAACAAUACAAUUCAGCCAAUGACAAGAGAGCCUAUAUUUCGUUUUAACAAAUUUCCGUGAACAGAGUAUACUAAUAGUUUUGGUCUUAUCUAGGUCAUUCAAAAAUUAGACUGUAUAAUAUAAUUUAUAGCAAUAAACAUUUGCACUCAAUUUUGACAAUAUUUUCUCUUGAGUUGUUAUAUAAGUAAUAAGUUUUUCAACUGUACUUCCUUUUAGAUAAUUUGGAAGCGAUUAAGAGUUAACCUUAUUAUUAAGUUAAAUUUUCUGUAUGACCUUGUUACACUCUCAUAAUACAGCACAAAAGACACCAUAUACGUAUUGCGUGGCAUCAUAGCAAAUACGAAGUCUAAAGCUAAUAUCAAUUCGCGUCAGUACACUACAACCUUAGAUUAAAACAAAAAAGGAAAGACGGUAUGCACAUAGUAGCAUCAUAUAAAAUAUGCUCCGACUUAACAACAUAAGCAACUCUCUCACACGGACAAUUCUGUAAAUAUUCAUUCAAUCGACCGAGCGAGAUAGAACUGUACGCUUCAACGCAGCGCGAGCGAAACGGCGAGUCCGCGUCGUUUGGCUUGGCGACUGCAUUUACUUUUCUCUCUCUACAAACGGCUGAGCUGUAUUGUUGUCCUUUUCUUGAUAACAAAUGACGAAAAAGUAAAUAACAUUCAUGGCAAACCGUGAUUAAAAAAAAUAUUUUCAGUUUUACGAAUGAAAAGUUUUGCCGUGAAAUUGGAUAUUGAACUAUUUGUGCUCUUUAUAAAAGCAUCGCAGGCAUUGUUUUAUCUUCACAACACAGAAUAUAUGCAAUAUUGUUAUAUUGAGUGCACAUACAGCGUGUUUGAAUGUCCAAUUGUGACUAAAGCGAAUUGUGGUCAUACACCACAAUUUAAGCGAAUCACGUUUAAGCCGCGAAUGCCGUUUCUUUACUUUUUGUUUUAAUCUAAGACUACAACGCAUCGUGUUUUGAAUACGUCCUGUGAAUAUUAAGAUUUUAUCAAAGCUGUGUCGCCUUUUCAGACAUUGUAAAAACUGUUCACAAAUACAAAAAAAGGUCUUUACUUUUGACUUCCUAUUUGCUAUGUUCAUAUCUGCCUUUUGUUCUGUAAUCUGAGGUUAUAAUAAUUUUAUUAAAAUUAUAGUGAAGUAAAGAUACAUUCCUGUUAUAAGUUAAUUAAAUAUAUAGGAAAGAUACUUUAUAAUAUAUUAUUAGUUAUUAUUUUAUAUAAACUUAAAAAAAUGCGAGUUGAAUACGAGACCUUGGUUGUAAGUAAAAUGUAACUCUCGUCCCCUUAUUAAGAGGUUACACGCAAUUGGAAGGCCCAAAAAAAUUUUUUUUGAAAAAGAUUUUAUUUGACAAAUACAAAAGUGGUCAAUAAACAUAAUGGUAACUUUUUACUUCACUUGGUUGCUUUUGAUUUUAAAAAAUAUUAAUUUACUGUUUCGUAUGUAGACAGUCUCCUGGAGGACUACCAAACAGAGGUGUCUAGUGGUGAGCAACAUAUCUCUGGUUUGGUUUAUCUGAAAUUACAAAAACCAUAGGAUUAUAUUCGUGGAUGAAUAAAUCUAGGUAUUGAUCGCAAAAAAAGGCAAAAUUUUUAACUUUUGACAAAAUGGUAGCUCUGAAAAGAAAUAAAAGAAAUUUUCGACCAAAUUGUUUUCGUUAAAUUGUUAUUACAAAAAUAGAAAUAAUUAUCACAUACCUUAUUUCUUCGAUCAAUUGCAGAAGAAUAAAUUAUCUGAGAAGUUUGUGUGCAGUUUUUUUGAAAUGGUGCUCACGGACAUUGAAAUAACCGUUUUGAGAAAAACGCAUUCAAAUAUAUUGUUUUAAAUUUUCAUGGUCACUACACUACCGUUAUUGUUAAUAUCGGAGACUCAUAAAAAACAAGGUACAUGGUAACAAUUCCGUUAAUAGCUAUAACGCAUUCAGGUUUCAAAAGACGUUUACACAUACUUACAUGGAUUCCGUCCAAAUAUGCGUGUACCUCCAAGAAUAUGUGCUAGAUUAAUUUGAAAUUCUUAAAUACUCAAUGC